UGAAGGGAAUGGGAGGAUGUGGGACCAGGGGGCGUUGGUAUUGCCAACGUAUGACAGUAUAUGAACGGAUUCUCGGUGUAAAGGGCUUGGUUUUCCGGAAAAAGUGUGCUUAAAAUACAUGUCCAGCUUUUAAUAUAAUCGUUAGGUGUGAAUCCAAUUUUUAGAUGUGCUCACAGGCCUUUAUCAUGGGCUCAAUCAAGAAAAAGACAUCAAAGUCCUCUGACUCUGAGUUGGAAAAUGAAAACUGCCGGGGAAGGGCCACCAGAAAGCCAGCUCUUCGAACUUCACACAAGAUAAAAUGCAAACGUCGCAGGACCGGUAAAAGCAGCAGCAGCAGCAGUGGUAGCAGCAGCAGUAGCAGCAGCUCACCAGAGUGUAGAUCUUCUCAGAGAAAGACUGCCCAGGUAUCUUCAACAAGAAAGAUGUCAAAGACAUGUGACAAAAGGUGCAGAAGUAGCAGUGGGAGUAGCAGCACCAGUAGCAGCAGCAGCAGCAGUGAUGAAGAGCGGAGGCGCAAGGUUCAGAAAAAGCGGGCCAAGAAAGAGAAGAAGCGACUAAAAAAGGCUAAGAAGAAAUUGAAAAAGUUGCAGAAGCAGAUGAGUGUCUCUACCAGUAAGGCCAGCAGUGAUGAAGAGGUGAUUGGCCCAAUGGUUCCAGCAGCCGGUGUAGGCCAGGCGAUGAAGCCUAUGACCAAGGAGGAGUGGGAGAAGCAGCAGAGCGAAGUUCGCCGCGUCACCGACCCCGAGACGGGUCGCAGUCGGCUGGUGCGGGGCCGAGGCGAGAUCCUGGAGGAGGCCGUCAGCAGGCAGCGGCACCAGCAGAUCAACAGGGAGGCAACGCGCAACGAUGGCGCCAGCUUCCAGAAGGAGAUGGCCAAGCGGCUAGCUCGCUAGGUUCCCACCCGCCGUUUUCAAUGCUUGCGUAUGUCUGGCGUGUACUUGAUGUACUGCAGUCGUUAUUCAAGGCUGUGUCACUGUUCAUUCAAGGCUUGUCACUUACGAUUGACCUGUUGUCAGUUUGUUCGAUCUUGCGUGCUCUCAAUGGUUUGCCGUUGUUGCCCUCGUGUGGUUUUCGACAGAUGCCCGCUAAGUGGAGGCAGUUGACCCCAGCGGUGUUCUAGUACUCCCUCCGGUGCAGCGGUGCGUUUUCAGCCGGCUGCACGAAUGUACGUUGUUCAGCCUGGUAGAGAUUGGGUACGAGUUGGCGUGCGUUUGUAACCGUCACUGUACCCCAGCGAUGUUUUCACGGUUGAGGCAGUCUGCCCACGCCCCUCCAGCCGAUCGGCGGGCGAGCGGCAGACGCAUGUCGUUUCGGCACCCCGACCCGACAAUACGGGCAGAUCGAAAGAGUGAUCAUCACGUCAUGGCCCAAGUCACACGGCCGUCGUUGGCUGGCGCUCGGCUCAGUAACACCGAUGCCUACAAAUCGCUGUGGGAGCUGGCGCACGGCACGGUACGGCUAUGUGAUGGUCUUGGGUAAAUACAUACUUGGAAAACCUC